CUCACCCUCUCGUUUCAGUCAUCCACCAAUUACUUACCGCUCACUUAUGCACUUGUACUUAAUCAAAACUAAAACCUGUGUGCCUCUGCUACGCACCACUUCUUAAGCAGCUUCCUCUACGAUCAUAAUGGUGUCGGUUACUGUUUCUGUAGCCAAACCAACCCUUCAGGCAAAUGCAAAGGGUUUUGCGGAAUUCUCAGGUCUGCGCAACUCAGCUAGCCUUACCUUUGCCAGGAAAACGUCGGAUGACUUUCAAUCAGUCAUUGCUUUCCAGACUUCUGCUUUGGGAAUCAAUAAUGGUGGAUACCGGAAAGGCGUGGUAGAGGCAAAGCUAAAGGUCGCUAUUAAUGGGUUUGGUAGGAUUGGCAGGAACUUCUUAAGGUGCUGGCACGGCCGUAAGGACUCCCCACUUGAUGUCAUUGCAAUCAAUGACACUGGUGGUGUUAAGCAGGCUUCUCACCUUCUCAAGUAUGACUCUACCCUUGGGAUAUUUGAAGCCGAUGUUAAGCCUGUUGGUGAUAACGCCAUAUCUGUUGAUGGCAAGGUCAUCAAGGUCGUUUCUGACCGCAACCCUGUCAACCUCCCAUGGAAAGACUUAGGGAUAGACCUGGUGAUCGAAGGAACUGGUGUGUUCGUCGAUAGAGAUGGUGCAGGAAAGCACAUCCAAGCAGGAGCGAAGAAAGUGCUCAUAACUGCCCCAGGAAAGGGUGAUAUCCCGACCUAUGUUGUCGGAGUUAAUGCUGACAUAUACAACCCAGAUGAGCCCAUAAUCAGUAAUGCUUCUUGCACCACCAAUUGCCUUGCUCCCUUUGUCAAGGUUCUGGACCAGAAAUUUGGUAUAAUCAAGGGCACAAUGACUACAACUCAUUCAUAUACUGGUGACCAACGAUUACUCGAUGCUAGCCACCGCGACCUCAGGCGUGCUAGAGCUGCAGCUCUCAACAUUGUUCCGACUUCAACUGGUGCAGCGAAGGCUGUGGCCCUUGUACUCCCUACUCUCAAAGGCAAACUAAAUGGCAUUGCCUUGCGUGUACCAACACCAAAUGUCUCGGUCGUUGACUUAGUUGUCCAGGUCUCAAAGAAGACCUUCGCUGAAGAGGUGAAUGCUGCUUUCAGAGAAAGUGCAGAGAAGGAGCUUAAGGGUAUCCUUUCUGUAUGCGAUGAACCCCUUGUCUCAGUUGAUUUCAGGUGCUCUGAUGUGUCCUCCACCGUUGAUGCAUCACUCACCAUGGUAAUGGGAGACGACAUGGUUAAGGUGAUUGCUUGGUACGACAAUGAGUGGGGUUACUCUCAAAGAGUUGUAGACUUGGCUGACAUUGUUGCCAACAACUGGAAGUGAUUCGAAAUACUUGUCUGCAGUGUGAUAUGGUUAAUUUUUGCUCACCUCAUUUCUUUUCGGCUUUCAUCAAGAAUGUAUAAUUUUAACGUGGACUGUAUGCAAUAAAAAUCGUGCUUGCACUUUGAUGGCCUUCCUCCA